AUGGCUUCCAAUGAUCCUAUUGAGAUCAAUCCAGUGAGGAGAACACCUUUUCGGAAGCUCUUCACUUGCUGUCUGCCCAAAGCCGAGAUGGAACCCAGAGCUACCGAACGGGGUGUGGUUUUCUCCGACCCGGAGCGUAUGCCCGAACACAUGAAGCAAGACAUUGACGAUGUGACAGAAGAGGAAUCAUCCGCGACUGGACUUGACAUUGAUUUUCACGACUCACAGCAUGGACGCUUAUUCGACCUUCCUGAUCUGGACGAAAGCUUUAGUGAAGACGAUGUUCGUCCACAAUCUGUCGUGGUCGAAUUUUGGAAGCUCAUCAUGAGUUUCGUCUUUCUUGACUGGAUACGUGGCGCUACCGGUCCAAAAUUGAUUACGAAUGGAUCCACCAAGGCUAAGACUGUGUAA